GUGAAAUUACACGACAUGGUGCAAUGGAAAUUCCGUCAAAGCAAAUAUCUGAUAAAACCCCAGCUAGCUCAGCGAAGAGUAAUUUAAGUAAAAGAAAGUCUAAAGAAGAUGCAUCAAAAACUGUGUCUAAUAAACAUAAAGAUAAUGGCGAAUCAAGUAAACAAUGUUCUAAAUCUCCCUGCCUUUCGAAAGACGCUGUUUCGGAAAUUCCUAGUUUUCGAAGACACUCAAAUCCAACAAAAGUUUCGCAAGCUUCUCCACGAAAAGACUUUGCAAUGAAAACAGAACUGGAAACGGUUACGAUUACCAAAACUGAAAAGCACGAAGAAGUGACGAUACAGGGAUAUGAUAAACACAUGACUAAACAGAGCAGCGAAUGUGAGUCUAUUUCAGCAACUCUUAGAGGUGAAAAAGAAAUUUCUUCGAAGCAGCUUGAGUAUGGAGGUGCUUUAAUGGAUGGCGAUUGCAUUACGUCUACCACGAGUUUACUUACAUCUAAAAUUGAUUUGAGCAAAUCUACGGUCUCGGUUGAGAGGAAAGAGGUUAAGUCGUCGGUGCUCGAUACGAAACAGGAGAAAAUAAUUAGCUGCGAGGAAAUGAAAGAUGUUCGAACGACCGAGAGUUCUGCAUCGGUUUUAGUGAAAAAGUCUCCGGAUGAAGAUAGCGAAGGGGGCGAGAGUACCGUAAAUCAAAUGUCCGUGAAUGCGUCGCACACGACAUUAGUUAACGUGACCGAGAGCACGAAAAUUAUCCAAAGCGGAUUAAAUGAUGAGCAGAGCAUAAGAUCAACUACAUCGUUAGAAAAUGAUGAGAAAAUCGUAUUAACGGAAGAAACAUCGAGCUCAUCGAACGUCAACGUAAUUGGUAUGUCGAUAAAACUAGAGCGAGAAGUCGAUGACAUUAAUAUUAAGGACGAGGACCGUAACGAAGCGGAUGAUACAUGUACACGUGUAGAAGAGAGUACGGUGGAUAAUUUAAAAUGUACGGUCGAUGUAACGAGUCCUGACGCUCGAGAUAAUACGACAAUAAAACAUCAGCCUCUGGAAAGUGGAGCUGUUGAGUCUGAAUGUUUUCAGAAUGUACUUGCCGAUAAUUUAACAUGGAAAUUUGAAAGCAUAAUGGAACAAUCAGGCAACAUUGAAAGGGACGUUGAUAGCGCAAAUGCAUACGUCGAUGAAAAAUUGUCGGAUGAUAAAUUAAGCUCCGAUGUGAUAAUGUGUGCCGAUGGUAAUGUAACGGCAGUUGAAUCGAAGAAAAUAGCCAACAAACCGCCAUCGUUAGCACAUAAUGUCACAGAAUUAUUAUCAUCGAUGGAUGAGAUAGCAUUAGGCUCCGGUGCGAUUGUCGAGGGAAAAUUUAUUUCCGAAUUAUCAGGAGCCAGGGUUUUAGAAAUUUUAGAACCAGAAAACGAUAGUGUGGAAACGAUAUUUUUAUUGGAUGACGAGGAGCUCUCAAAAAAUGACGACGAAGCAUUACGCGAAAGCUUAUCGAUCGACUCGUUGAGUUCGAUAAAUAAAGGCCUUGACGCGCACUCGCUCGGAUUUGCCGAGAAUAAUGAUAAUGAAUAUUUUUAUGCGGACGAGAGUCGAGAGAGGGGUAAGUCGAACGUUGAAGAUAUCUGUGUGAAAAGACGAGGACAGAGGGAUUCAUUUGAAAUCGAAAGCCCGCCGCUUGUCUCGCCAAGAUCAAAAAUAAUGGAGUUGGAAAUUAAACCCGUCGAUUGGAUGAUUGGCGAUGAGAAAAUAGAAGUGUCGGAACAAUUGCAGCCGUAUGAGGCAUUUGAGAAAGAGCUUGAAGAGUACGAAUCGACGAUUAGAACGGCGAGCGAGGAAAGCGACGCGAAAGUCGUCGAGGCAAAAGCCCUUGCAAUACCGCGAAUAGAAAAAACGAAUUUUGAAUUAUUUGACGAUGAGGAGAAUAUUGAACUAAGCGGAAGCGGAAAGUCGAAAUUCACCGUCGUCCCGGUAAGCGAGCAGGACAUUGAAAUAGAGAGGGAACUAGUUGAAAACGAGUUAGACGUUAGCUGUCAGGAAUUGAUGGAGACACUUCAGAAGGAGCACGAUGCGAGAACGCCAAGAUAUAGUUUAACCGAUGAAAUGUACGCAAAGUCAUUUCAAUUUAGAACGGUGGACGAAGACGAAGAUAUUUUAACUAAUGCCUUCGACAGGUUUGAAAAAUUAAAGUUGAGUGACGUGGCCUUUGAAACAAAAACGGCUGUUAAUGUUAUUGAAAAUGAAGAAUUUAUGAGCGUCGAUGAAUAUUUUCAGCCACUGCCAAGUACUAGUGAGCCGACGACGGAUGGUAAUUUAAUGGAAUUAUACGAGGAGAAUUUCGAGACGUCCCUACAAAUAAAAAAUGAAAGAGCAGAGGGAUCGAGGGAGAACGAGGGAGAGAAGGGAUCGAGUGUCGAAGAAUUAUCGAUGAACAAUCGAGAUUCACUGAUCGAAUGUAUGAAUUUUGGUAAUGAAAUUCAUAGUGAAGAAAUCGUGGAUUUGAGAAACGAGUCCUUGGACAAAUACAAAUCCGUAGGAAAUGAGACGUCGGGCAUUGUCGAAAAGCCCGUAGAACUUAUAGAUUUAAUGAAAAUGAGCGACACUGACGGGACGUCGAUUAAUAAAGCUGAGACAUUGCCAGACAGGGGCGUUGAGGGAAUCGUUGAGUCAAUCGACACGUUCGAGCGAGAUAAUGCAAAUAACAAACAAAAUUGGUCUUACAAUUUAGAGAAUUUUCAAGAUCAACCCGUACCGUCCGAGCUUAUGCUGAAAACGGAGCUCAAAAGCACGGAACUCGAGGCAAAACAUGAUAACGUUGAAUUGUUAUCGUACAAGGUCUUUGAUCCGGAGGAAAGGAAGGAAGUUCGGGAGCCCCGUGAAGUGCAUGGGAUUCAGAAGCCGCCACGAACGGAUAUUCACAGGGACGGGAAAUUUGAUUUUCGUUCCAAAGUCUCGGAUGAUCAUAAACGCAUGAGCGAUAAGCGAGAGAAGCUACACAUGUCCCAUCAAGAGAUAAGCCCAUAUAAAAUGAAGAAGGAGGACUUUCAGAAUGUUGACGCGUGCGCGCGCUAUGGUAUCAAGGUGCUGGACCAAGUGGUAAAAAAAGAAAUAGCCGAGGUAAAGGAGAAUCUCGAAGCGGCUAAACAAGAUCUUAUCGAAGAGCUAAGUGAAAAUAGUGACAAUGUCAUACAAAUCAAGGACUCUCCAUCUGAAUUUCAAUUUAAACUGCAGCCAGAAUCAAUUCCAAAUGAAUUGCCUUUCCUUUAUAAGGCACCUUCAUUGGACAAAGUCAUGGAUACCGACGACUUUACAUCCUCACCGUCCUCUCCGUCAGUUAAACCGCGCGAGUAUGACGAAAUUACGCGCGAAAUUAAGGACGAAAGCUCCCCUGAACAUUGUUCGGCCGAGAUGAAGACUUUGGAUGAUGAUCAGAGUAAAACAAUGAUUAUAGUCGAUAGUGAAUCGGAGGAUAAAAGUUCGUAUAAAGAUACGAAGGAAAGUGUCGAAUCAUUAACCUCGUCGUCGAAGGCCGCAACUCGCGUGGGUUCCGAUCCCGAAGUUACCAGCAAGGAUGAAACAUUCUCUUUACAACCACCACAACCAGUGCCACGUCGUCGACAAAAAUCUUCGCAAUGUCGUCGUCGACAUUUCACUUCGGAAAGUGAGGCAGACGUCUCGAGCAGCGGAGAAAGUAAUUACCAAUCGUGUGAAUACGAGAGUGGCAGUCGUCCCUGCUCCUCGGACGUCGAGGCUCUUCAAUCCGCAGCUCAGGCUAGCUCGACAACUGCCUCGGAAUACGAAUCGGCAAUAAUGUCACUCGAUCAUUCGUCCUCAAAGGCAUUGACGUCGCAGGAUUAUCACACAGCGGUGAGCUCAAUGAGUUCGCGAGAAUCGGUGAAAUCCUUAAAUUCAAUAAGCUCCGGGCAAAUGGGUAGCAUAGAUAGUGAAUUAUCAGAGACAUUGAUAGCCUCUGAGCCGGAGAUGGACGGAGAUGAAAUCGAUGAAAAUUUGGAAAAUAUACUGGACGAUGAUACGAAAAUAUCUAAUUAUACAUCGGAGGAUGAAAUCGAGAAGUCACAUCACGAAUUUGAUUCGGAUAUUCCUUGUAUGAUGAAACGUUCUAGCGAAAUGAUCUUCAGUCAAGUGAUCAACACAGAACAAUUAUCCAAGGGAUUGAGUUCGGAUAUUAGGGAAAGUGACGGAUCGUUGCUCUCAACUUCCGCCAAGCUUCCAUUGAAAAUUCAAUUGGAUCACGUCGAUUUCACGAGACAAGAACGAACGAACGACAACAGCACCGCUCGCAGUACAAUUUCUCAAGUUAUUUUUAAUGAAGAAAACGAGGCCGUACACGAGCCUCUUGACGAGCCAUCGUCAAGCCCUUUGGAGCAAAUAGAUGGAAAAGGAGAAAGUUCCUUGGGCGAUGCGGACUCUUUGGAAAUAAAGCAUACCCCAACAUCGAGUAUCGACGAUGAGAAUACAGAAGAUCCUAAUCCUAAUUCUGGUUUAUCGUUACAGCAGCAGUUAAGUAUGACGUCGUCGUCAAUGUCGGGAGUUUCAUUGGAAACGGUUAUUGAAAAGGAGCAUGCGGAUAGAAAUUCCGAUAGCGACUCGUUUGAACUGGUCGAUAAGCCCGAUCUCAUCGAUGAUUUCAUCGUAGUUGAAGAGGUCGGUCGCGAGGCUGAGGAAUUCGACGCCGAAGGUAAAGGCGUUCGUAUCACUUCGGCGUCGCACAUCGGUGGUAAGAGCUUUGAUCGGGAAAUCGAGAAUCUGGUAGCCGAGAGGCAAGAGGAUCAAAAGUCUCAGGCCCAUUCGGCGCACAGUAACGCCGACCUCUUUGACUUCGAAUCGGAAGAAAGUCCACCACAAGCAUCGAACGAUGAUCAAUAUUCGCAAUCGUGCUCCGACGACGAGCAAUACAACGAGGGCAGCAAAAAGUGGAUGGAAAUGCAAUUCCGUCCGAGCGAAGCUCGUUUUUACGAGAUGGAGUACGAGCGCGGCCCACUCGAAGAUAUCAAGGAGGAAGAAGUGACGGAUUUCGAGGCAGGAAGCAGUCGUUUCGGUAGCAUAGGCAGUCAAAAGGAGUCGAUCGGUAGUAUCGGUAGUAUGCGUGGCAGCUUCGGUAGUACUCCCGAUAAUUACGAAGCCCUUAUGGCUAAGCGCUAUUUCAAGCCAACGGACCACGAUAAUAUAUCGCUGAGCUCGCUGCAGGAGUUCGAGCACCUGGAGAGCGCGGUUGCGCUGGAGAAUGCAAAGAAACGUGACAAUCGGCAGAGCGGCUCGCAGGACUCGUCGAGUAAUGGAAGUUUAUCGAAGAAAUACAUCAUUGGCAAAUCGGGUCUCGGUGACGACGUAUCCUUGUCGUCGGUCAAGGACUUCGAAGUCUUGGAGAAGGCGUGCCGAGAGGCGCACAUGAUCGAGCUUCGAGCUCGGGAGGAAGAGGACUUGUUGGAUCACGAGAGCCCGGAAAAUCGAUAUAAGCUGGAGAACUUGGCGAGAGCAAAGAUCGAAAGUCAAGGGAGUGCUCCCGAGUCCUUCAAUCCGAGCACAUCGGGCUCCGAUGAUUAUGAGAAACGUAUUAAGGAGAUCGACGAGAUAAUAAGACUGGCGCAAGCUAACGUUGAGAAAAUUGAUAAACAAGACGAUACAAACGACGAUAUAUCGCAAAUGGAAUUGACGGAUGCUGGCGAUAAAUCAGUUGUACCUCCCGCGAUUAUUCCGUCUGAAGCAUCAGUCGCGCAGGAAUCGGCAGGAGGAUUAAGUGAAAUGAACGUGAUGGAAACAAGUACAGAUUCGUUAGAGCUCGAAGGUAGACAAAAUUAUAAUGUUAUGUGUCGAAGUUCGGACUCUUUAGAAUUAAAAACUACGCUCGACUAUCCGUCAUUAAGCUCAGAUUCCUUAAAUAAUUUUAAAGAUCCCAAAGAAGAACAAGACAAACAAUGUAGUAUUCGUAGACGAAUCUCGUCGGAUAGUUUGGAAACUCCUGUGCUGGAAUCGCAGGACACGCAUAAAGAAGAAAAAGGGAAGGAUAGAAUAGGCGAAAGUUAGAUUUCAAUGUAAAGAUUUACAUUAU